AUGUCCACUUCCUCUCAACGCUUUGACGCCGAUUACAAAAAGACACCUGGAACCCUCACCCUCACCCCAACACACAUAUCAUGGGUGCCAAAAACGAAAGAUGCAAUGGACCGACAGAGUCAAGCCAUGAACAGGGCUAUCAAUAUGCUCGCAAGUAAAACUGGAUCCAAGAGCAUCAGUCUCAAAGUCCUCUUCAAGGACAAUGUUCCAGAGAACGGCCUGCUCUUUGUAUUCUCCAACCCCAAAACCCGCGAAGACGAUCGUAAAGUCGUCCAAGACAUCCUCAUACCCUUUGUCGCCGCCAACAAGAACCCUACCACUUCUGCUCCAAGACCGGCUCCAGCUGCUGUACCAAGUACAGCAGCCGCCAUAGCCAUUUCAGAUGUCGCAAAAGGCAAGAGGAAAGCGGACGACUCUAGCGGUCCCGGGACGCCCACCACUGGCUCACCUCUUCCUCCGGCACAGCGGGCAGCCAGGAGCAAACUCAACAAGAUUCGCCAAAAGGUCUUGGAGAAGAAUGACUCUUUGAGAAUGUUGCAUAAGGAGCUUGUUUUGGGAAGACAGAUCACAGAGGAAGAGUUCUGGCAGGGACGAGAAGCUCUGAUACAGGCGGAAGAGAUGGCAUUCGCUCAAAAGCCUGGCCGGCCGUCACGCCUGCUCGAUGACCGAUUCGAUCUGGAUGCCGGCAGGAAAGGCAAGACGACUGGUGGUACCGGUGUCGGUGUCAAGACUGCGGACAACGGCCCCAUCACCCUCAAACUAUCCAAGGAACUCACAAGAGAAAUCUUUGAAGAAUUUCCGGUGGUGCAAGACGCCUAUGCCAAAUACGUUCCUGCAAUCAGUGAGACAGAGUUCUGGUCGAGAUAUUUCACUUCGCAACUAUGGGAGCGACAUCGUGCGAGUGUGAGAAAGUCUGCCAAUGAUGAAAUCUCUCGGAAGAAGGACGACAUCUUUGACCAGUAUCUGGAGGAGCCAGAUUGGAACCUCCAGCCGAGGCAACAGAUGCCUGACCGUGAUGGCGUCGAACGAUAUCUGGAUUUGGCUGCCACGGAAGAAGAUCACGGAGAGUCGACGUCGAUUAGGGAUGUGACGAUGCAGGCCGGCCGAGAACGGAGUGCUCUGCCGCUCAUCCGCCGAUUCAACGACCAUUCCAAGAAGCUUCUUCGAGCAUCGACGGGCGACCAGUCUGCGAUUUUCGACACCCUGGGCGGCGAUCUCAACAUUUACGGCGAGAUUGAUCUAGCCGACCUGCGCGGCCCCUCCGCCCCGGCCACUAUCACCCUCAACGUCCAAUCCUCGGCCUCACUUCCCGACUCGUCCUCGAAAGACACGCCGACCGGGAUCCUCCCCAACGCUUCCUCUGGCGAGCUCUACAGCUUGGCGGACAAGUCGAUCUCUGAUAUGCGGUCAUACAAACCAGACUUUGCGUCGGUGUGCAUACCAAACCCAGGACCGCAGGCGGAUACGAGCGUGAUUGGGGAUGGCGAUUGGGAGGAGAGGCAUGCGCUGUUUGUGCGACAGAGGGAUGGACAGGCGGGGGCGGGGGCUACGGUGAAGGAUUUAUGGGCGAGAGCGAACCGGGAGAAUGCUGUCCUGCCACCGUUUUCCGAGAUACUGCAUCAACAGAUAAGGUCAUGCCAUAACGCAGCCACCGAGUUUUUGCGGCAAUACUGGUCUGCCAUCUUGCCCGCCCCUGCAGGUGCCCUGGGAGGACAGAAUACCCCAGCUGCGAGAGAGGCAACGGCGGUCAAGAUGGCGGGGUAUCUGAAAACGACGGGGAACAAGGUGGAGGCGAUCGUGCACACAGCGCAGAUCAGUGGAUUCGACCCAGAGAGGGUCAGAAAGGCGAUGGCCCCUACAUUGGGAGCUGUGAAUGUCGCUCUGGACAGAGAAAUGAAGAGGACAUCAGGCGCGAAAUAA